ACCUGCACUCACCCAGCCUUGCGUGCAGUGCAUCCAUUGAUCGCGCCGAGCCUCUCAACCCACGGCCGAUCUGCACACAGGUGCUGUGAUUUUAUCAUGGGGAAGAACAGGAAAAACAAGUCGUCUCGGGGCAUUGCUGCCGCCAUGGCCACCCUGGCGACGACCGGCGCCGACGACGACAAGGUUGUCGUGGCCGAUGUUGUCGAUUCCGCCCAGGCUGUCUCUGGAAAUGCCAGCUCCGAUUCGACUGCUCUUCCUCAACCGAAUACCUCUAGCGAGUCCUUAGGAAGCCUCAAAAGGCGCAGCCCUCACGAUGCCAACGACGACGACGACGGAUGGCAGACAAUCGAGCGCGGUCGCCCUGUCAAGAAAAACAAGAAAAUCCCAGGCGUCGACUCAAAACGGUACCCCGGUAUCGACUUCUCGGCACAAGCAAGGCUACAGUCCAAGAUCAAUGUCUCGUCUCUUCGCGACCUUGUAAUGUACAUCUUCGCCGACGGGCCGGCCCCCCAGUGGGUCUCGGUCAAGCACCGGCCAGAGUUCAGAAAGAUUGUCACCAUCAUGGUUCCUGGUCUCGAGGAGGCCAUGUUCAAGAAGAACGUUGACUUCUCCACGUACAGUGAUCUUUCGCCAGAUCAAGCGAUCGAUAGGGUUUCCACAUCUCCAGAUGAUUACUAUCCCCGCGCACUCACAAAGGAUGCCCUGCCCGAACCACUGCAGCCGUUCGCGGACAUGUUCCCGCACAUUUGGCCAGUGAGAGCACCGGGCGAUGACAAGUACGCCAAGCUACACUCCCCUAUGCAGUCGAUGCUCUCAGUGCCCCUAAAGGAGAAGAAGGGCGGACUCAAGCCCGUCUCCGACCCCCACGGCUGGAAAGACGUGAGGACAAGGAUUACGGAAUUUCUAGCGACGCCCGAAGAUCUGAUGGAACAUGGCUUCCCCAAACAUCCGGCUAUGCUCCGGGGGUCGCAAAGGGACGCUUUCAAGGAUCCCGAAGGCUGGGUUCAUACCAGAGUCAACGAACUCUCAGAAGGUGAUGUUCCGGAGGCUGAGAUCGAGCAAGGCAGCAUCACCGCGGGCCGCCAAGUCUUGGCUCUUGACUGCGAGAUGUGCAUGACAGGCGCGAGCGAGUACUCUCUCACAAGGAUAAGCUUGGUAUCAUGGGAUGGCGAGGUUGUGCUCGACGAGCUUGUCAAACCCGACAAGCCCAUCAUUGACUAUGUGACUCGGUUUUCGGGCAUCACUAAAGAGAUGAUCGACCCCGUAUCAACCACCCUGAAAGACAUACAAACCCGGCUGCUUGAUAUCUUGCAUCCACGCACGAUUCUCGUAGGCCACUCCCUCGACUCGGACUUGAAGGCGAUGCAAGUCGCCCAUCCUUUCAUUGUCGACACCUCCAUUCUCUUUCCCCACCCGCGGGGCCCGCCGCUUAAAUCUUCUCUCAAGUUCCUAGCGCUGAAGUACCUCAACCGCGAAGUCCAAAAAGGCGACGGGACCAUUCACGGACAUGACAGCAUCGAGGACGCCAAGACCUGCCUCGACCUGGUCAAGAAGAAGUGCGAGAAGGGCAAGGCCUGGGCGGCGGGCGACGUCCAAGGCGAGAACAUCUUCAAGCGCCUCGCCCGCGCCGGCACCUCCUACCGUGCCACCGCCGGGCCCGAAGCCACGGGUGGCCUACCAGUAGGCAAGAGCAGCGCCGCCGUGGACUGGGGCGACGCCACCAGGAGCGCCUGCAGCGCCGCCACGGUGACCAUCUCGUGCACAUCCGACGCCGACGUCGAAGCGGGCAUCAUCCGCGCCGUCCAGGGCGACCCCGACGGCCUCGAAGUCCCCGGUGGCGGCGUCGACUUCGUGUGGGCGCGCAUGCGCGAGCUGGAGGCAUUCCAGGGGUGGUGGAACCGCAACAAGCCCGGCACCACCGACCCCUCGUUCCCAGGCGCCGAAGAAACCGAAACCACCACCGCACCCGCACCCCCUCCCACCACUGACACCCCCACUCCCACUCCCACCGCCACCGACACCGACACCCCCCCUUCCACCACCUCACCAUCCCCCCUCUCAACGCACCUCACCACCCUCACCCGCCGCCUCAAGCGCAUCCACGACGCCCUCCCGCCCUGCACGGCGCUGAUCGUCUUCAGCGGCACGGGCGACCCGCGCGAGGUGGGCCGGCUGCAGGCGGUGCAGGCGCAGUUCCGGCGCGAGUACAACGCGCCCGACUCCAACUGGGACCGGCUCAGCGUGCAGUGGACGGACGAGGAGGACCAGGCGCUGCGGCGGGCGGUGCGGGCGGCGCGGGCGGGGAUCGGGUUUAUUGGGGUGAAAUAGGGGAGGGA